AUGGAAGACGUGCUAAGCAGUCGGCAAGAAAAAUGUCAACUCUUUGCGCGGCAAUUCACAAUCCACGAAGUCUUCUGGAGUACCAAUUGACGAUGCUCAACUUUCAAUUGUCGAAUUAAAAACAAUGAUAGAGCAAUUCCAUUGAAAAUCCUAUGACGCACAUUCCCGAAAGGUACAACAGCGAAAAUAAUUCUUGAUUUGCGUAGUAAUUUGGGGAGAAACAAUAUCGAUCUGUAUGUGUUUGACUAGGAAUAAGAAUGCUUUCAGGCCAUGUCCCUAACGCUUAUCUGUAACUACGAUCACAUAUUUGAGAAUCCCUUCCAGUUAAAGUCCUAGUUCGUAUCUACCGUCUUCUUUCCUACCGGUAUGGAUGCUGAAUCAUCCUCGUCCUUAGAGCUGCCACAUCAGUGCCGUCAAUUUACGAUUUCCGAGAUUCACUCCGCAACCCAAAACUUUGAUUAUUCACUGGUAAUCGGGCGAGGGGGGUUCGGCAUAGUGUACAAAGGAACCAUCACUAAUGGGGAAACUCAUUUGGUUGCCGCCAUUAAGCGCCUAGACUCAACCUCCAAUCAAGGAGCAGCAGAGUUCUGGAAUGAAGUACAAAUGCUUUCUAAGUUAAGGCACUGUCACUUGGUGUCUUUGAUUGGUUACUGCAAUGAUGGGCAAGAGAUGAUCCUUGUUUACGAAUAUAUGCCCCAUGGAACCCUUGAAGAUCAUCUUCACAAAUUUCAGAGUCCUUUACCUUGGGUCAGACGACUCAAAAUAUGUAUAGGAGCGGCUCGCGGACUAGAUUACCUUCACAAUGGUACGGGUAUUAAGCAUGGAAUUAUACAUCGCGAUGUGAAAAGCUCAAAUAUAUUGUUAGAUGACAGCUGGGCUGCUAAGGUGUCAGAUUUUGGGUUGUCCAAACUAGGUCCCAUAAAUCAACCCUCCACUUAUGUUAACACUUUUGUUAAAGGCACUUUUGGAUACCUGGAUCCAGACUACUAUGCAAGCGGUAGGCUGACAAGAAAGUCUGAUGUGUAUGCCUUUGGGGUAGUGCUAUUUGAAGUCCUGAGUGGAAAACAAGCGGUGGAUAGUAGUCUUGAUGAGGAGCAUUGGGGUUUAGUAAAUUGGGCUCAAGAAUCUAUGAAAGAAGGAAGGCUAAAGCAAAUCGUUGAGUAUAGUAUAAGGGGGAGAAUCUUGCCUAAAUGUUUGAAGGACUUUGGACGGAUUGCAGAUCGGUGUUUGCAUAGCAAUCCAAAGCAACGACCUACAAUGGCAGAGGUUGUCUUCUGUCUUGAGUCUAUAUUAGCUUUACAGGAGAAAGCCAAUCACACAUUGCAACCUUCAGGCUUGGGAAUAUUUGGUAAUAAGGUGUCAGGGCUUCUGUCUUGGUCCAAUGGUGAAAAAUCUGGUUGGAGUAAAAGAUCUUUGGAGUUAUUCUUUGAUACUAUUGGAGUUGGAAACAAAAUAUUACGUAGGUUUGAGUUUGGAACUAUCAAUGUCGCAACUGAGAACUUCUCUGAGGAUAAUAAAAUUUCACGAUGGGGUGAUGGGUUUAUGUACAAGGGAAGGCUAAAAAAUGGACAAGGAGUAUCAAUCGCCAGACAUGAUUUUGAUUCCAGAUUCCAAGAUUUUAAAAUUUUAGUGGCAUUACUCGUAAAACUUGAACAUGAGAAUUUGCUUCAGUUGCUUGGAUAUUCCGUUGAAGGGACACAAGUAUUCCUUGUCUAUGAAUUUUCACUAUAUGAAAGUCUAGAUCGCGUGCUAUUUGAUCCUGAAGGUAUUCUUUUGGACUGGAAUAAGCGAAAAACAAUAAUACUGGCUGUUGCUAGGUUACUUCUUUACUUACACCAGAAUGAUGUCAUACAUGGUAAUGUCACACUUGGAAUCAUUCUUUUAGAUGAAAGUUUUGAUCCCAAAAUUUCAGAUUUUGGGCUUGUGAGAAGUUUACUGGUAGACGAGAUUAAUUGUGUCGAAGUGAAUCCAAUACGUGAGACCUUUUUAUACAUCACACCAGAAGUACAUCAGUCUAAUCGUGUGUCAACUAAGGCUGAUGUGUACAAAUUUGGUGUCUUGAUUUUGGAAACCAUGACUGGGCGUAAUAUACGCCGGCUCACAAGAAAAACUGUUUGGAAAGAUUGGUGGGAAGGAAAAUCUCAUUAUAUAAUUGAUCAUAGAAUUCAUGCCAAUUUCAGCGUUACAGCAAGAUUUAUCCUCAUUGGACUGCUGUGUAUUGCAAAAGUUGCAAACAGACCAACAAUGGAGGAAGUUGUUGCCAUGCUGACCAACAAGAAUCUCCCUAUAGGAAAACUACCUAUGCCAACAUGGAUUAUAGAAAAUGAUUUAGAUGAUACAACAGAUGCCCCAUAA